AUGACAGAGCAUAUCUCCCAAUUCAUACAACGCGUGCGGUCGCUCAGUGCAGACCGGGGUAGAAGGUCGCGCGAUAGAAGCCAAAGCAGGACACAGAGAACAUUUCCCCUAGGCGAUGUGCACUGGGAUUGGGGCAUACAACCGACACUCUCAGUCGAGGAUGCCUUGUUUGCAGAUGGACGCAGACGUGCUGAGUACUGGGCCGCAAAAGACCGUGAAAGUGCUGAUAACUUGAAAGACAAGACGUCGGCGAAGCCCGAUGCUUCAGACACCAGAGCCGAUAUGCCAACACCCCCCAAGAGAGCUUCCAGUAUUGACUCAAUCUUCAGCCACAAUACUCCAGCAGAACCUGACAUCGACCCUGUUUUCAUAGAGACGGCCUUAGCCCGAAUGCGGUCCAUGCAUGAGAGACCAAGAGGGCGAUCGCGGGAGCGCAAAGACCCUCAAAGACAUGGCCGUCAUGAUUCGCGAGGUCCUCCGCCCGCACCAUCCGCGGCCACGAGAAAAACUAUCACCAAGGACCGACACAAGGAUGAGAAGCCCGUCACACCCUUCCUGCACCGGUCGCUCUCCAAGCCUAGAGACGGGGACAUUCAGGGCGGGGAACAACCCAAGCCUGAGGCCGCACCUGCCUCAGCGCACAAGGUUCAUUUCGCUGCAUCAAAUCCGUCAAACAUCACGUGGAUAAGCCCAUUCCGCUCCCUCGACACCAGUUUGAGUGACCCAGGACCCCACGAAGUGCCCCGCACCGAGCCCCGACGAGUCGCAUCUUCGGACAAGCUAUCCCGCGGAGACCCGCAUCUUCAAGGCGGCAAGCGAAGUAGUGUUGAGUCUGGUAAGCUUCACGGGCCAUCAGACCGCGACCGUUUUUCUUCUUCGAGCUCGAUUACCAUUACACGAUUGGAUAAACCGCUUCCUCGUACCCCUGCUGACACUGGUGAGGCCCCAGGCGACGUGUCGAGACGGCAGAGCGGGAAGCCACAGGCUGCUGAAGCCCCUCAGCCUGCUCGCACAUACAAGCCACCAUCAGAUUGUGCCCCCAAGGCACGUACGCAACCGAAGAGUCGUCCUACGACGUCGCCCUCAAAGGGUAGCCCUCCAAGUCGUCCUGCGGCUCAGAUCCCUUCUCCCAGGAGCUCUCCCCGAUCGAACACUAGAACCACUACAUUUGACCGUCGCGAAAAUGCCAACCGUGGCGUCGCUGCCCCCAGUGUUCCUCCGGCGACGGUGGCACCCCUUGCCGCGAAAGCUGCAGCUGACCCCAACCGUGGACUGCAGCGGAAAGCAGGUACACGCGAUCUGCGUGACGCGCGGCCACACAUCGGAUUGCAGACCGGAGGCUUGGAUGGUAGAGCUGUUCGUGAGGGUGCCACCCGCAAGUCUCCGUCGGCGGGCAAAGGCAAACCUGUCGCUAACGGGAGCGCGCGGAUUCUGAGGAACCUGUCAUAUAACCAUGGCGAGAACAGAGGCUCGGACGGUAGCUUGUCUGGCUCCCCAACGACCGUUUGGUCACAAACGUCGGCUCCCUCGUCUCCCUACCGUGAGAACAUCUGCCAGUGGCGGGAGAGCAUACCAGCGGCUCCCCCUAUUCCUGCAAGGGUAACACUGCCGAGAGGUGACUCCAGGGUUACACAGCCUGCGGUCUUUGCUAAGUCUCAGCCUAGAGACACUGUGGUGUCCUUGAUUGCCAGCAUUGACGGUGGCUGGUCUGUUGCGUCUUCAGAAACUGCGUUCGAACCUAUGCCUGCCGUGGUGGAUUCCAAAGCUAUGCGGCAUGACCACAAGCCAGGGCAGCCGCGAAGUAAACCGAAGCAUUGCUGA